AACUUUUUUUUCUGUCUCGCUGAUAGAUAGUGAAGUCCCUAGAUAUAGAUCUAGAUUCUAUAUCUAACCGUACUUUUGCAAGUCAACAAAAUUUAGCAGAAUGUUGAUAUUUGACAUUAAUAAAAUGCAUUAUCACAGCACACAUCAAUACAUCUAUUUUUAGAUGAUUAGUUAUUGCUAUUUUUGACAUUUGUAAAUGUGAUUCAGUAGCCUAGGUCUAUCGUAUUGCACAUUGUUUACGAAAUUAUCAGAGCAAUGUUAAAAGCAGGCUACCGACUCGUAAUCUUAUUACUUGUAGAAAGAUAAGGCUAUUUAUUUUAAGUGUAGAUCUAGAUGUAGAUAAAUCAUAAGAAGAAAUUACAUCAGUUCCAAGUUUCAUUUGAAGACUUUGAAGAUUGAUUCAUUAUUAAUUAAAGUAAAGCGUAGUCUGAUCUUUUCGAUUUUAGUAAUUGACUGGAUGAAUUUACUGCUUAAGUAGUUUCAUUUAAAAUAAACGUGGCGAUAUUGCAGUGUAGGAAACAUCAAGGAACUAGACCCCUAGAUCUAUAUCAUAGGAAAAUGGAAAUUCGUACCAAUGACGAAACAACGAAUGUAAAAACCAAUGACAAUAAAUUUGAGUUAACAAAGCUAUCAAAACGUCUAGCCUAUUUGUUGCGCUAUGGUGCACGUAAAGAAGGGUUAGAUGUAGAUGAUAAUGGUUAUGUACAUCUGGAUGAUUUGCUGAAAACCAAUUUAAUGCUUGACUACUCGAGAGAAGAUGUUUUAGACAGUGUCAAAACUUCUGUGUCUUAUCGCAAAGUCAAGAGAUAUGACUUGAGAGAAACAGAUGGUAAAAUAUACAUCAGGGCUGCCUAUUUAAGGAAUUUUGAAAAAAAUCCAUGUCACACAGGCUGUAAUGUUCACACACUGUUAGAGACGUCCAUGAAUUAUAUCAUAAGUAAUCUGGAUUAUUAUGACCUGCAGGAUUUCCCCGAUGAGAAUAUCAUAAGAGACAUGAUUCGUCGAUUAAAAAGACAAAAGAAACUAAGCAAUAAAGCUUUGAUGACUCUUCUGGUACCAACUGUAACAAGGCUUGAUCUUGAAGGAGUUUACCUGACCAAGAACACACUAAGGAUGAUAUGGACACAGUGUCCUAACCUGGUGGCGGUCAGCCUAAAAGAUUGUGGUUACAUCAUAACAGACUCAGUACUGAAUCAAUUUACUACAAAUCUUCCAAAGUUAGAGCGCCUUAACUUAUGUUCCUGUAAUCAUCUGACAGCUAAGUGUCUGAGUAUUUUAAACAAGACAUUAAAACAUCUCAAAGUGCUUCAUAUAGCAACAGUUCCCUCCCUUACAUACAAGGCAGUGCUGGAUUUUAUUCUUGCAGGCACAGAGUUAAAUUUCCUUGAUGUUUAUUUCUUAAAAACAACAGAAACUGAGUAUAAAACUUUAACCAAGCUGGCUCAAGAUCGUGGAUUAAAUCUUAUACUAAGGGAACCUAAAGGCCACAAUUCGGAAAAAGAUGAUUUGGAAGAGGUUGAGGAACCUGAUGAAGAUUGUGAUGAAUUUGACUAAAAAAUAACGAUAUUAUGAUGAAUGCUCAAAUUAUGUAUUAUAAUUAUACAUUUUAUUUAUUAUUUAUACACAUUAAAAUUUUAUUCUGAAUUUUACAACAUUUGAUUUUGUGAUGGUGUUAAAAAAUGAGCACACAACAUCACAAACUAGAUAAAAUGUAUUGCAC